CUCCAUCUUCCAACCUCUCAUCACUCCCACGAUCACAAUCUUCAACACUUGACCAAAUUCCAAAACAUGGCAAACCCAACACCAAAACAUAAUCCUAGUCUCUUUCUUCAUGUGAUCUUAUGUUGUUGGUUGAGUUCAUCCUUGGCCAUGGGAGCCACGUACAAUGUGGUAAACUUUGGGGCCAAAUCAGACGGCAAAACGGACUCAACCAAGGCGUUUCUUAAUGCAUGGUACAAAGCUUGUGCUUCGACCAACCCUGCCUCAAUUUACGUGCCACAAGGGAGGUUCUUGCUUAAAAGUGUCACCUUCAAGGGGACAUGUGCCAACAAGGCUAUUACCAUAAACAUUGAUGGAACUUUGGUGGCUCCUUCUGAUUAUAGGGUCACCGGAAACACGGGUAACUGGUUGCAAUUCGAGCAUGUCAAUGGGGUUUCGAUUCAUGGUGGGGUGCUUGAUGGCCAAGGCACCGCAUUGUGGAGUUGCAAAAACUCCGGCAAAAGUAACUGUCCCACUGGAGCCACGACACUGGCGAUGAGCAACUCAAACAACAUUGCGAUUAGUGGGUUGACCUCAAUGAACAGUCAACUGUUCCACAUAGUGUUGAAUGGAUGCCAGAACGUGAAGGUGCAAGGUGUGAAGGUCAUGGCCGAUGGAAACAGCCCCAACACUGACGGCAUCCAUGUUCAAAUGUCUUCUCACGUCACAAUUCUCAACUCCAAAAUUCGAACCGGCGAUGAUUGCAUCUCCAUCGGCCCCGGAACCAAUAACUUGUGGAUCCAAAACAUUGCAUGUGGACCAGGCCAUGGAAUAAGCAUUGGAAGCUUGGGAAAGGAUUUGAAAGAAGCUGGUGUACAAAAUGUGACGGUUAAAACGGUUACCUUCACGGGGACUCAAAACGGUGUUAGAAUAAAGACGUGGGGGAGACCCAGCACCGGAUUCGUGAGGAACGUGCUUUUCCAAGACGCAAUAAUGGUCAACGUCCAAAACCCCGUUAUCAUUGACCAAAAUUACUGCCCAGAUAACAAGGGCUGCCCCGGUCAGGCUUCUGGAGUGAAAGUGAGUGAUGUGACAUACCAAGACAUUCAUGGAACAUCUGCGACGCAAGUGGCUGUGAAAUUUGAUUGCAGUUCCAAGUUUCCAUGCAGCAGGAUAAGAAUGGAGGACGUGAAGCUAACUUACAAGAACCAACCUGCUAUAUCUUCAUGCAACCAUGCUGUUGGAGCCACGCUAGGUUCAGUUCAACCCCAGAGUUGCCUCUAGACCCAAAAAAUAAUAUAUAUAUAUAUUGGACCAUUAUUUUUUGUUAAGAAAAAUUAUACGAAAUCAAUGUGAUUGUGCCUAGAGCCCUAGACUAGACUCAUAGAACAAGAUAGGUAUACAGUGUAUCACUAUGUUGUAGUUUCGGCCCAUUGGGCUUACCAUCUAUACGGGCCUUAUAAGCUCCGAUUUUCCAUUACUACAUAUUGUAUUUCUUCUAUAUGUUUGAUAUUUCUAGUAAAGAAAAAAAGGUCACUGAGUAUUGUUAAUAUAUGUGAUUUUUAUACUA